AUGGAAGAUCCAUCUGAACCAGCGAAGCGACGCAGGAGGGAAACAGAAGACGAUGGUGGACGUGAAGGGCGUGCGAGGCGAAAAGAUAACCAGCGAUCGGUCACAGUAGGCGAUACAGUCGUGCCACGCAACGCCGACAUGAAAUUUCCGUGCACACACUGCCGCAAGGAGUACAGUACGCCCUACAGUUUACAGCGUCACUUUGCUGAUUCGCACGCAGAACCGUCGUUGGAGGUUCCCCAGCAGACCUCAGACAACGAGCGAUCGUUAUCUCCACCGUCGCCGGAGCCCAUGUUUCCAUCGCAGCUCCCUCGCCCAUCUUGGGGAGCCGCACCUCCUACAAGAGCCGCACCUCCCGCUUCACAGCUUCAUCCGCCAUCUACGCGCUUGUUUCUUAUCCCGCACGCUCCCAGCAGGCAAGUGUUGCCGCGUCCCUUGGGCUCGAGGGCAGGAUCGCCCCCAACAAUGAUUCCUGCGCCGGUAACACCUGCGGCGAGUCGGCCAUCUACGCGCACGUUUCUUGGCCCGCGCGCUAUCAGCAGCCAGGGGUCGCCGCGUCCGUUGGUCUCGAGCCCAGGAUCGCCCCCAACGAUGAUACCUGGGCCCGUUUCUCCUGCGCCACUGCGCAACGUAUCUGCGCAGAGGAUGACACCGACACCUCCGGGCAUGCAUCAGCCACCGCCUAUUCGCGCCACGCCCACCACUGCGAUGGAAGUAGAUGUUUCGCUCUACGACAUCGUACCCGAUGACCACACAGUGAUCUACGACAAUGCGCACAAUCUUCCGGCCCUUGGAAUUGUUAUCAACACUUUUCUCAAGAUUGUUAUCCGCAUAGAAUGUGGGGAAGCGAUUGAGCCGGCGUCGGUGUGCGCACACGUCAAGCAGCACAAUGCACACUAUACACCAGGCCCCACAUUGCUCGAAGAUCUUCGGCGGAAAUACGGGAUCGUGUCGCUGGCUGAGAUAGCCUACAGCGCUGGACCAAUCCGUCCGAUUUUUGGGAUUCCUAUCGAGGCUGAUCAGCUCCAUUUUUGUUCCAAAUGCCACCGCGGCUACAACUCGUUGUUGAGCCUGCGGGGUCACCAGUCUAACGGGCAGCGUUGCCAAGUGCCUAUCACGCAGCGCGCUUGCUACACGAUGUACGGGCAGAUACUUACAAAAGGCCCAAGCAAGCGGUAUUUUCCAGUGGACACCUCUUGCCUCUCGCUUCGCCAGGACAUUCCCUUUGCAUACUCGACUGUUUUUGGAACAACAAUGCCGCCUCCACCCGAUUACACACAGUUGCCCGUCCAAGACAUUGAGGACCCGCAAAAUCUGUCCUCGUUUCUCUUCCGCGAAGGAUGGCUUGACGCAGUGAAAGGGUUGACCCCUGUCGACAUCCAGGAGGUUACCAGGCUACCAGACGCCAAGACCGAGCCAUGGGGCAAACAACUCCAGCUCGCAGCCCAUCGCGCACUGGCCAGUGUACAGCUACUGGUGAACGAACACCAUACGUUCGGGAUGACACAUAAUAUUGCUCAGUUCAAUCAAUCAAGCAACAUGUCGUCCAACAACUUCAACCACAUUCAACCCAAGACGCAGCAGCGAUACGGAAACAUUAUUGUGCGGCUUAUUUUCAACGUUUUGCGCACCAUGGACCCCGCGUGGACAUCUCCCGUGCGCUACCCCUCUCUCGACGCAUCUCAGAAAGUAAUUUUGCUAGAGCUACGAGCCAAACUGGAUGGCGCAGACAAAAAGCUCAUCGACGAGGCAUAUCAGAAGGCGUGCUACUCAUUAUUUGCACACGAGCGACGCCAGUACCCGAUCAGCUCUAAGCUGCGAAAAUUCUUCUCGCCCGUCAUCUUGUUCGUCGUUUUCUACUCUCUGCGCGCGAACGGGAGCUUCCGCUUGGCGUCAGAGAUUACGGGCAUAUGCGCCGCCGUUGAAUACUGCAUUCGGACGACAAUGCUCUUUGAAAUCGAAAGGAUAUCCGAAGAAUCCAACGUUUCGUCAUUCGACGCUCUCAAAAAGGUGGAAAGGUACAUCUCAACGGGGCAGGAGACGCCAAUGGCGUUUAUUUACAAUGUCCACCGUGUUCUCGCAUCCGUGCGCUCAGACGAAGUCACCGCCUCCCAGUUUCGUUUCACGGACAAGAACGGAAGAGAGGUUAGCUGCAACGGCCACCUCAUAUCUCUAUCGAUGAUCAAGAAAAUGCACGACGAGGAGCAUGUUCGGUAUGAGAACAUGGUACAGGAUCGUCUCUUUUUUGGCGAAGACAUACCCAGCGAUCUCUUCCCUGAACUCGACCUCGAGAGCAUAGUCGACAGCGCCAACAAUACAUCUGCUGGCUAUUGCUUCCUGGACGACCCUCGCAACAAUUUUUCUGCUUAUCGGGACUCUUACGGACGUUGGUUGCUCUCCGACCCUGUGCGAGCCCAGCGUUUCGUUUAUAUGCAUGAAGGCGAGCUCGUUUGGAAGCCUUCUGCCGCCCUUGACCUAUUGCGGCGCAUGGAACGCGUACGCGAGGUCCUAGCGCCGGGGGUUUCCUACUCGACUCUUCUGCAGGUUCGGGGGUCGGAAUUUGCACGCGCGUUACUCAGGAACACACCCGCAGCCCUACGAAACCUGCGGUUUGAGAUGCACUUGCUGGCGCACGUUGCGUUGCAGGACAAGACAUCGCAUCUACAUCUCAAGGAUCGCCACAUUCCUCACGUCAUUACCCGCGAGUGGGCAGAGUCCCUCAUCCGAAACCUUGCUGUAUUUCGCCCGUUUGAAGAAGUUCUAGUGGCGAAAUUCCUCAACCCCGAAGCACUUCAUCGCUAUCGCGUUCAGCUUUGGCCGGGCAUCAAAUCGACGAUGACGUCUGAGGCAUUCAGUGCUCGAUGUGGCGACAUGACAAUGCGCUAUCUCCUGCAGCCGUUCAAGCCUCUUCGCUGGCGCUCUCUGAUCACGGCGUUUGCGCGUUUCUUGCCGGAUUCUCGCUCAUACGAGUCGCAAAAGGAGUUUUUUGUCGACACGGCCAUGAUGCACUCAACGGCGAUGAGCAACAAUCGAUACGGGCGACAUUCUGACCAGGCAUUGCAGUCCGACUUUCGUACAACCAUUGGGUGCAUCCAGGCCGCUUUAGACAUGCAGAAGCAUGUUGGGAUUGGACAGGCGCGUCCGUUUACGCUCACUGUACCGUCCGAGGUACCUGAGACUUCCACUGGCGGCGCUCAAGGAAUUGUACACGACGUUAGCUCGCUGGAGCGCAUAGCGCGGUCAGCUAUGCUCGAAAUCACAGGAAGUUUGGAGGAUCGCGUGAAGGAGACCAUCCUCGACUCUAUGGCGGUCGUCAUGGCGCAGAUUUUGCCCAAGACACCUCGUCCGCUCAACGAGAACAACCUCCGCCCUGUUGCAGACAUUGACCCCCACCCCUCGCGCCUACGCUCUCUGCGUCAAUUCCUCAAGCGGCCUGCAGCGAACUUUAGCUGCCCCGAGCAGGCGCUCCUCCUGGAGCUCAUGUGCCGCGGGCAGCAGAGCGUGCUGGGUAUCUUGGGCACGGGCAAGGGAAAGACGAUGCUAGUCUUUCUCUAUGCUUAUUUAUUCGGGAGCUGUGGCAUUACGGUUGUCAUUCUUCCGCUGUCAUCCCUCCGCAUCGAGUACAGCCGGCGCGCACAAGAGCUGGGUAUCUCCUCGUCAAUCUGGACGCCAACGGCGAAGCACAAUUUGGACGUUCAGCUGCUGUGUGUCUCGAUUGAGCACGUCAACUUUCACGACUUUGAGAGUGAUCUCGCGUCUUUAGAGCACCAGAAGCGUCUGAACUGCAUCAUCUUUGAUGAAGUUCACAAGGUGGUCACGGAUAUCACCUAUCGGCCCUCGUUUGAGAAAUUCUGGGUUCUCAACAAGGUAAAGGCGCCGAUAUAUGGGCUUUCUGGAUCUCUGCCUCCGUCGACAAUGGCAGAGUUCAAUCAGCUUACGGGUACCACAUGGAAGGUCGUCCGUACGACUUCAAACCGACCUGAGCUCGCCUAUAGGAUCAUCCACGUCACCGGCGACAUGCUGAAACGGCUCGUUGAAGAUAUCGCAACGUACAUUGCGAAUUAUGGACCCCGCGAUCGUCUAAUGGUCUUUUGUCGCACCAAAGAAGAUGUAACGGCGCUGUCCGACGCUCUUAGAGUGCCUGGUUUCACCUCGCACACCGCCGAAACCAACGACGACACGUUGCGAAAAUGGCGCUCCGGUGAAAACAUUGUCAUUGUCGCCACAAGUAUUCUGGGCUGUGGGCUCGACUACCCAAGCGUUCGCCAUGUCCUACACUGGGGCAUUGCGCACUCGAUGGUUGAUCAGCAUCAGCAGGAGUCUCGCGCUGGCAGGGACGGGCAGCGUGCUGAAGCCAUCACAUACGUGGCUUCUCCUUCUCGUCGUUACUCCAAAUCUGCGACCGCGCAUGGCCUUUCAGAGCUCGAAAAAUGGUCCUCGUCAACGGAUAUGUGUUUGCGGGCCAUUCCUAGCUCGUAUCUUGACGGCGUUCCCAUCACAUGCUCCUUGCUCCCGAACUGUGAGCUUUGUGCCUACUGCUUGGAACAGAUGCAUCAGGCUCCGCCUCUGCGAGUGGCCUCGAUCUCCCACCUCAUCAGCGACCCAGUUUCUGUGCCAGCUAAGCCCCAAACAACCCCGAUUCGCCCGCCAUUCCGUGUUUUUGUCCCUCCAAAAACACCUAUCACCCCCGUCAUACAGUCUGGCGAGUCUACGCCUGCCUCGGCCGUUGAUUUGACGUCAAGUUCUGCUUUUUGCCAAGUUUCAUCACCAUCGACUCUAGUUGCUGGGGCCAGCGACGACAGCGGGACCUUUGGUACCACAGCUGGCUCUCCAGUGUCCCCCACCUUCCACUCUGCGAAGCGCGUGCUUCCGGAAGACGACAACACGGCCAGUAAACGCUUGCGGCUGUCGGACCCAACCUCAGCACUUCGAGCAAAGCCCGCCACUGUUCCAGCCCAGCCUCGGGCGACAAACCGCGUGCUUCCGGAAGACAAUAACACGACCAGUAAACGCUCGCGCCUGUCGAACCCACCGUCAGCAUUUCAAGCCAAGGCCUCUACUGUCCCAGUCCAGCCUCGGGCGACGGUGGGUUUAGUAGCACGUAUAGAUCAUGCCGCUGUUCAGGAGGCCGCCAAACGCUUUACUCUGGAGAGCGGACUGGGAGACCCACCACCAUGA